AUGGGGCGGUGGCACGUGGUGCUGGUCGCGCUGGCGCUGUUCACCAGCGCGGGCGCUGGCGCCGCCGCCGAACAGAUGCAGUCCCGUGCUGUUGACACCGGUGUAGAUCUUAAAAUAGCUGAAGCUCAGCCUGUGGGAACCGUCGUUGGAAGAAUCCCCAUUAAACCCGGGUUUACCUAUCGUUUUAAUGAACCACCUAAAGAAUUUUCUCUUGAUCCAGUUUCCGGAGAAAUUAAGAGUAAUGUAAUUUUGGACCGAGAAAGCGUGGACCGUUACGCUUUUGUUGUACUGUCAAGUCAACCAACAUAUCCAAUAGAGGUACGAAUAAGAGUAACGGAUGUAAAUGAUAACUAUCCAGAAUUCCCUGAACCAAGCAUUGCUGUAGCGUUUUCAGAAAGCGCUGCCGCUGGAACAAAGUUACUUUUGGAUGCAGCAACGGAUAAAGACUUAAGGGAGAAUGGGAUAACUAACGACUAUAGAAUAGUUGAUGGUGACAACGAAGGGAAAUUCCGUUUGAAUGUUACUGUUAAUCCAAGUGGACAGACAUCAUAUUUACAUUUAGAAACGACAGGAAAAUUGGAUCGUGAAACUAAUGAUUUUUACAUAUUAAAUAUUUCGGCACGGGAUGGCGGGAGCCCUCCUAAAUACGGGUAUCUUCAAGUUAAUGUUACUAUUUUAGAUGUUAAUGAUAAUCCACCUAUUUUUGAUCAAAGUGACUUUUCGGUAUCUCUAAAUGAAAGUGUACCACCUGGAACAGUAGUGUUAAAAGUGACUGCAACGGAUAGUGAUUUAGGUGAUAAUAGCAAGAUCACUUAUGAAGUAGCUGAUAGUGAAAAACAAUUUGCAGUGGAUCCUGAGUCAGGUGUGAUAACGACACUUAAAAAAUUAACUUGUCCUAAGUAUUGCAGUAAUGCUACAUGUAAUAUGACUUGUGUGCUAACUGUUAUUGCUAAAGACCAUGGUGUGCCUAGGCAAGAUGCACGUACUUACGUCACUGUUAAUUUGAUUGAUGCUAAUGAUCACGAUCCUGUUAUAACAUUUACGUAUGUUCCUUCUACAGCAAAUUUUGCUACUGUAGAUGAAAAUGCAAAAAACGGAUCCUUAGUAGCUGCGAUUACUGUAACAGAUUUAGAUGCUGGGUUGAAUGGAAUAACUAGUGUUCGAAUCGUUUCUGGAAAUGAGCUUAAUCACUUCCGCCUAGAGAAUUCUUCCAGUGUUCACAUUGUUCAUGUUAACGGCAUUUUAGACAGGGAAGAAAUAAGCAAAUAUAAUUUAACAGUAGUUGCCACUGAUAGAGGCGUCCCGCCCCGUACAUCUACUUCGUUUUUAGUAAUACAUGUCAAUGAUGUAAAUGAUCAUGAGCCUGUUUUUGAAAAGUCUGAGUAUUUGGCUGUGUUGAGCGAGCUUGCACCUCCUGGUACUUACGUUGCCGGUAUCACUGCUACUGAUGAAGAUACGGGAGUAAAUGCUGAAAUAUAUUAUGAUUUUUAUGAUGGAAACCAGCACCAAUGGUUCUCUAUUGACCAUUUGACUGGCUUAGUAACAACAAAGUCGAUAUUAGAUCGUGAAAUACAAGGCACAGUAGAGCUUAAUGUAUCAGCUAGAGAUGGAGGACCCAAUCCUAAAUGGGCAUAUACGAGAUUGAAAAUAACCAUAUUAGAUGAAAACGACGAAGCACCUUCUUUUCCACAAUUUGUAAUAAAUGCAACUCUACACGAAAAUAUUAAGCCCAUAAAAGAUAUUCUUAUAUUAACAGCAUCUGAUUAUGAUCAAGGAACAAAUGGUUCUGUUUCGUAUUAUUUGCCUUCUAGUAUUGAAAGAAAAUAUCCGAACACAUUUUUAUUAGACCCAAUCACUGGACAACUAAGUACAGUAAUCGAAUUAGACAGGGAAAGAAUAUCAGUGUAUGAAAUACAAGUACUUGCUAAAGAUCAAGGAUAUCCUCCUCAGUCAUCAACGGCUAAAAUAUAUUUAAAAGUUCUUGAUGUUAAUGAUAACGAUCCAUUUUUUUAUCCUCAGAGGUAUCUUGAGAAAGUUGAUGAAAAUUUGCCUCCUGGAUCCAAAAUACUUCAAGUUAAAGCUAUGGACUUCGAUGAGGGAGAUAAUGCAAAAGUAAUUUACAAAUUGGAAAGCGGGGGUGAUGAAUAUUUCGAUGUUGAACCUUUGACUGGCAAUAUUAUCUUACAAAAAGAUUUUCAUAAAGCCAUAAAGUCAUUGUUUUUAUUGAAAAUAUCAUGUAGAGAUAAAGGAAAUAGACGUGCUGUUGAAGAUGCUACUGUAGAAAUAAUGAAAUCAUCACAGCUAAAGAAUCUAGUUUUUGAAAAUUAUGAUGGUUAUAACUUUAAGAUUCUUGAAGAUGAUGGAUUAUCAAAGGUACAAACUGGUCGUUAUGUAGGUAAAAUUAACGUAAGGUCGUUGGGUGACCCUGUAUCUUAUUACAUUAUAGAAGGUGAUUUUAAACAUAUUUUUAAAGUUGAUGAAAAAAGCGGCGUAAUAUCAACAGAAUCUUAUAUAGACCGUGAAGAUAAAAUGACAUAUCGUUUGAGAGUCAUGGCGAGAAGUAAGCUUGCAUUUGGACUUACAACAGUAAAUAUUUCAGUAUUAGACGUAAAUGACAACUAUCCAAUAUUUAUAGAAGAUAAAGAUGAAAUAAAUAUACCAGAAAAUAUGGCAGUUGGACAGGAAGUUUAUUUUGCCCGAGCUACAGACCGUGAUUCUGGCCCUAAUAGAACAAUAACAUAUACUUUAAGUUAUAAUCCAGAUAAUAGUUUCCGCAUUUCUGAGACAACGGGGGUUAUAUACUUGAAUAAAGCUAUAACUAGUGAACCGGGUAGUUCAAUUUCACUAGAAGUAACAGCUGCUGAUAACGGAAAUCCAUCUCUUGCUACUAAACAUACCAUAAAUAUAGUGAUAAAAGAUGUGAAUGAUCAUACGCCAGUAUUUGAUCACACAUCGUAUGAGACAUCAUUAUUGGAAUCUACUUUAGUAAAUACUAGGUUUUUUGCAAUAGCCGCUUCCGAUGCAGAUUUAGGCCCUAAUGGUAGAAUAUCAUAUUAUAUUUCCGAAGGUAAUGCAGAUGGAAAAUUUGGAGUUUUUCCCGAUGGUUACAUUUACGUCAAAAGCACAUUAGAUAGAGAAGAAAGAGACUAUUACUCUUUAACUAUUGUAGCAACAGAUAAUGGCAAACCUCCGCGAUCUUCACAAGUACCUGUUGUUAUUCACGUAUUGGAUGAAAAUGAUAACAGCCCCCAAUUCACAAACACUACAUUUAUUUUUAAAAUAAAAGAAAAUGAGCCACCAGAUACAUUUGUUGGAAAAUUAACUGCAAUAGAUAAAGACGUUGGAAGAAAUGCUGAGUUAACAUUCAGCUUGCCAAUCGCUCAAAAUGAUUUUAGAAUAGAUUCAAGAAAUGGAUUUAUCAGAACAUUGAAGUCUUUUGACCGAGAAAGUUUAGCUCAAAACACUGGUCAAAAUUACAUAACAUUGACUGUUACUGUAAGUGACAAUGGUAAAAUAAAAUUGACAGAUUCCGUUCGAGUUACUAUUUAUAUCACAGACGUUAACGAUAACGCGCCAGUUUUUACUCGGAUUCCGUAUAAAGUAGAGGUAUCUGAAGGUGCUACCGUAGGAGCUUCAAUUAUGAGAGUGUAUUCAUCUGAUGUGGAUGAAGGACUGAAUGGUGAUAUUUAUUACAAAUUAGUAGGAGGCAAUGAAAUGGAAAAAUUCUCUUUAGACGAGGCUACAGGGCAGUUGUUUAUCAAUAAACCUCUUGACAGAGAAAGUGUAGAUAGAUAUUAUCUCACUGUUUUGGCCCAUGACUCAGGCCAGACUGUUCGUCUGUCUGCUACUACUACAAUUUCUAUUGAAGUCCUUGAUGAAAAUGACAAUGCACCGGUGUUUACACAAACACAAAUGAAAGUGUCAGUUUUAGAGACCGAACCAAUUAAUAAGAAAAUUAUUCAGUUCCAUGCAAACGAUGCUGAUUUAGGUAUAAAUAAUGAGAUAUUAUUUGCAAUCACUUCAGGAAAUAGGAAAGAAACAUUCUUCAUUGACAGUUACUCUGGUGAACUUUUCCUGCAUAAACAUUUAGAUUAUGAAGAUCUAACGACAUAUGUCUUAAAUAUAACUGCUACGGAUAAUGGGAGUCCAAGUUUAUCAUCAAAUAUUCCAUUUACUGUGAAUGUGAUUGAUGCAAAUGAUAAUGCACCUGUAUUUACAAACACAGCUAUUGUACGACAAAUUAGGGAAGGUAUUCCAAUCCAUACUCCUAUAGUUACAGUCACUGCCGAAGAUCCAGAUUCAGGACUAAACGGAAAAGUUUAUUAUUCUAUCACACAUCAAGAUCCGAAUGAUAGAAAACGACACUUCGCAAUAAAUAACAUAACAGGAGUCAUACACACAUUAUUGCCUAUUGACAGAGAAAGUAUUGAUACAUUUCGUAUAACUGUUGUCGCCUAUGAUAGAGCUGAACCGGCUUCUGCAAGACUUUCAGCAGAAAAAUUAGUAACAGUUAUAGUUGAAGAUAUUAAUGACAAUGCGCCAGUAUUUGUUUCGAUGAAUGCCGCUGUAAUUAAUGCAGAACGAUUAGGUAGAAGUUUAGGACGUGGUAUUUUCAUCAUGAACGUGUUAGCUCGAGAUCUAGAUUCAGGGACUAAUGGACUUGUAACGUACAAACUUAUGCAUGGCGGAAAUGAUAUUUUUGAUUUACAUAGAAGCAAUGGCGCCUUAAUUUUACGUUACCCACCGGCAAUCCCCGAGGCCAGAUGGAAUCUUGUUAUCAAAGCAACAGAUGAGGCUGUGUUAAGUGAACAACGAAGUACAGAAACAUAUCUAACGGUUAUAAUGGGAGGAACAGAAUUAGAAGAAAUAAUAUGGACAAAUGUGGGCAUUGUUUCUGUUGCUGAAAAUGAACCUCCUGGAACUGCCAUUUUAAAUAUGACCAAUAACUUUAAGUCAGCUUUAGAAUAUUACAUUGUCAAUGUGACUGGUGAUGGAAGGCAGGUGGAUAGACUAUUUGACAUUGAUUCCUCAUUAGGAAUCCUUUCUACAGCAGUUUCCUUGGACCGAGAAGCAGGUAUUGAACGAUACGAAGUCGAAAUUUGCGCCGUAUCAUCAGGAACGCCAUUGCAGUCUACUACAACAAAGGUAAAUGUUAUAUAA